GCGGGGCCGCGGCAGGGCGGUAAAUCCUGCGGGCCGAGGCCGCGGCGCUCAUGCUCCCCGCCGGCUGCUCGCGCGGGCUGGUGGCCGAGCUGCAGCACGCCCUGGACACCUGCGCCGAGCGGCAGCGGGAGCUGGAGCAGAGCCUGCGAGUAUCCCUGCGGCUGCUGCGUGCCUGGGACCCUGCCGACAGCCCCGCCCCAGAAGCAACCCCAGGGUGCAAACCUGACCAAGAGACCCUUACUUCAGCAUGCACGCCCAGCCCCCGGGAACUGGAGGAGCUGCAGCUUCUGACCCUGGCGCUGGAGAAGGCAGCCCGCGUGCGCAGACUCACCUCCCGGCCUGCAGCGAAAGACAGGGCCUUGCGCCAGAAGGUGGGCUGCAUCCCGGCCCCAGGCCGGGCUGGCCUUGGGGCAGCAGGGAGCAAGCCACCCCGCGGCAGCCGCCAGCCUCCCUUGCCCAGCAGCACAGCUGAGUACAGGCCCCCGCUGGCCAGCCCUGCAGAGACUUCGGCCCCCCAAGCUUUCACGCUGAAGGACAAGGGGACCCUGCUGCAGCUGCCUGCGGCCUUCAGGACAGCCGCCUCCGCCAACUCCCGCCUGUGGGCCGAGCUGAACUCCCAGGCCAGCGGGCCCGCGGAUGCCGUCAGCGCCAGGGCCCAGUUCCUCCGGCAGAUGCCGCCUGCAACAGACUUGGGCUCAGAGCCCUGCGCGGCGGAGGUACAGCGCCUGCGCAAGGCCUGCUCGCUGCUGCGGCUGCGCCUGGGCCAGGAGCUCGCGGCAGGCCCAGCGGAGCCGAGGCAGGAGUACCAGCGCCUGCUCACGCUGGAGGGGCUGCGCGACGCGGCCGGCGGGUGUCAGCGCCGGUUGCAGGAGCUGCGCGCAGCCGCUGCCGAGCCUUGGCCGGAACGGACAGCUGCAGGGGGCUCUCCCCGUGGUGGAGGGAACGCACAGCCGCCCUGGGACUCCCAGCUGCUUGUCUACUCCAGCCCGCGGGAGCUGCAGACCCUGGCCGCCCUGCGGCUGCGGGUGGCCAUGCUCGACCAGGAACUGCACCUCCAGGAGGUCCUGAUGGCGCAGCUCCUGCCGGUGCUGCGUGCCCAGCAGCCCUCGGGGUCCCCGGGGUUGGUGCUGUACCGGGCCGCACACAGCCUGCUCUGCGAGGGGGGCGAACGCUUUGUAUCCACUCUGAGGGACGAUCCCACCGACUGAGCCCAAUGCCAACCACACAGCAGCUGGCAGAGCGAGGCUGGCCCUGCGGGCACAAGGAGGCAGAACCCCAGAGGGUCGCCAGUCCCUCUGUUCUCCCUCUCGCUACAUAAAGCCACA